GGAGGUUUGAAGAACCUAGAAGGCUGGGCCUCUGGUCAAGGAGGAUGGCUGCCAUCCUGGGUUGCCCUCCUGGCAUCUCUAGGGGUAUUCAUGGGAAAAUGGGGUCCAUAGGUCAUGUUCUCUCAUGCCCACCCUCCCCACUGCUCCUGGAAGGACACCCAAAGGACAGUGACCUUUGGCUGAGGGGUGGACCCCUGGGUGAACAGAAGCCAAAUGAAAGGCACCGGGUUAGCUUGCUUCCGAUGAUAUGCUGUGUUUGUGUGCGUGCGUGUUCACAUGUGUGCUGAGUGCACACAUGCCCAUCACCAAGCCUGUAGAACUGCAUCCUGUCCUGUUACUCCUACUGACCAUGUACCAAUGGGCUGUCUGCUGGGCCCAGGCAGGUGGCAUCUUCGAAGAGGCCAAAUGUCAGCAUGGAAGGUGUGAGACUUUGGCUAUGACCUCGGGGCUCCAGAAUCACCAUGGUGCCCCCUCCUCCACCCCUCUUAACGUAGUGGCGGCCACAGUCUGCUCAUGUGGGCUUCAAGUUGGGACAGAAAAUGGAGCGGAGGCCUGAGAGGCCCACUGUGGUAACCUGGGGGGCUGGCAUGGAUGAGCCCUGGGAAGGGGGGUCCCCCAGAGCAGCCUGGACAGCCCCAGAGGGCAAAGCAACUUUGCAGCAGAUGUGCAGGGCAGGAAGGGGCCCGGCGCCCUGGAGGCCCUCGCUCUGGCCCCGCCGGCCGGCAUCGCAUGCAGUUGAGCCUGGGCCCCUCACGUGUCCCCGUCUGUUCCCCCACAGUGGCCCUGCCCCCCGAGAAGCCCGACGGGCCGGCCAGUGGAGAUGAGCAAAGGAUGGAGAAGUCGAGCGGGUCCUGCCUGGGCUCUAAGAAGCAGCUGAAAUUCGAAGAGCUACAGUGUGACGUGUCUGUGGAGGAAGACAGCCGGCAGGAGUGGACCUUCACCCUGUACGACUUUGACAACAAUGGCAAAGUCACCCGUGAGGGAGUGUUACUCAGCCCUAAGAAGGAAGGAGAUUCUGACACAGGCUACAUCGCGAUGAACCUUGAGGACGUUGUGCUGAGGGAUAUAAGACAGCCACUAAAGGACAGAAUGUCUGAUUCCGCUUACGAGGACAUCACCAGCCUGCUGCAUACCAUCUACGAGGUGGUUGACUCCUCCGUCAACCACUCCCCAACGUCCAGCAAGACGCUGAGGGUGAAGCUCACCGUGGCCCCCGAUGGGAGCCAGGGCAAGAAGAGCAUCCUUCUCAAUCACCCCGACCUGCAGAGCUCCAGGCCCAGAGCAGAGACCAAGCCCUCUGAGGAGCUGCGAAGCUGGGAGAAGAAGCAGAGAGCCACCCUCAGGUUGCAGGGGGACAGCCGCCUGGAGCAGUCCGGCUGCUACCACCACUGCGUGGAUGAGAACAUUGAGAGGAGAAACCACUAUUUAGAUCUCGCCGGGAUAGAGAACUACACGUCCCAGUUCGGGCCUGACUCACACUGGCUGCCAUUGGAAGCAUGGCCAAAGGCUAGGACCUCUUGCUACCACCCAGGCUGUGAAAUGGGCACGCAGGAGGCUUUCCAGGCACAGAGGAGCCAGCUGGUGGAGCUGCUGGUCUCGGGGUCCCUGGAGGGCUUUGAGAGUGUCCUGGACUGGCUACUGUCCUGGGAAGUCCUUUCUUGGGAGGACUAUGAGGGCCUCAGCCUCGUGGGCCAGCCCCUCUCCCACGCUGCCAGGCGCCUCCUGGACACUGUCUGGAAUAAAGGCGCUUGGGGCUGUGAACAACUCAUCGCGGCCGUGCGGGAGGCGCAGUCUGACAGCCAGUCCCCCACACUGCGUGGCCCCUGGGACCCCCACUCACCCCACCCGGCCCGGGACCUGCAGUGUCACCGGCCAGCCAUCGUCAGGAGACUCUACAGCCACGUGGAGGGCGUGCUGGACCUGGUGCGGGCCCAGGGUUUCAUCAGCCCCUAUGAAUGCGAAGGAAUCAGGCUGCCCAUCUUCACGUCAUCCCAGCGGGCAAGAAGGCUCCUGGACCUGGCCACGGUGAAGACCAAUGGGUUGGCCGCCUUCCUUCUACAGCAUGUUCAGGAAUUACCAGUCUCACUGACCCUGUUUUUCGAAGACACAGUGUGUAAGAAGUACCUGUCCAAGCUGAGGACCACGGUCUCCGCCCAGGCUCGCUUCCUGAGCACCUACGAUGGGGCGGAGAAUCUUUGCCUGGAGGAAAUAUACACGGAGAACGUCCUGGAGGUCCGGACGGAGGUGGGCAUGGCUGGACCCCCCGAGAAGAGCCCUGCCACCCUGGGCCUGGAGGAGCUCUUCAGUGCCCGCGGGCACCUCAAUGAGGACGCGGACACCGUGCUGGUGGUGGGCGAGGCGGGCAGCGGCAAGACCACGCUCCUGCAGCGGCUGCACCUGCUGUGGGCCGUGGGGCAGGACUUCCAGGAGUUUCUCUUUGUCUUCCCAUUCAGCUGCCGGCAGCUGCAGUGCGUGACCAAACCCCUGUCCGUGCGGACGCUGCUCUUUGAACACUGCUGUUGGCCUGACCUCGGGCAACAAGAAGUCUUUCAGUUCCUUCUUGACCACCCCGACCGUGUCCUCUUAACCUUUGAUGGCUUUGACGAGUUCAGGUUCAGGUUCACGGAUCGUGAGCGUCACUGCUCUCCGACUGACCCCACGUCCGUCCAGAAUCUGCUCUUCAACCUGCUGCAGGGCAACCUGCUAAAGAAUGCCCGCAAGGUGCUGACCAGCCGCCCGGACGCGGUGUCCGCGUUCCUCCGCAAGUACGUGCGCAUGGAGCUCAACCUCAAGGGCUUCUCGGAAGACAGCAUUGAACUGUACCUGAGGAAGCGCCACCAGGAGCCGGGUGUGGCCGACCGGCUCGUCAGCCUCCUCAGAGCGACCUCGGCCCUGCACGGUUUGUGCCACCUUCCGGUCUUCGCGUGGAUGGUGUCCAAAUGCCACCGGGAGCUGUUGCUGCAGGGCACGGGGUCCCCGAAGACCACCACGGAUAUGUACCUGCUGAUCCUGCAGCAUUUCCUGCUGCAUGCCUCCCCACCAGACUCAGCCCGCCACGGCCUGGCGCCCAGCCUGCUUCGAGGCAGGCUCCCCACCCUCCUGCACCUCGGCCGCCUGGCUCUCUGGGGCCUGGGCAUGAGCUGCUACGUGUUCUCGGCCAAGCAGCUGCAGGCGGCGCACGUCGACGGGGAGGACGUUUCUCUUGGCUUCCUGGUGCACACCAGAAGCGCCGUGCCCGGGAGCGCACCCGCCCUGGAGUUCCUGCACAUCACUCUCCAGUGUUUCUUUGCUGCCUUCUACCUGGCACUGGGCGCUGAUGUAACGCCGUCCUCUCUCAGACACCUCUUCAAUUGUCGCCGGACAGGGGGCUCGCCGCUGGCCAGGCUGCUGCCCACGGUGUGCGUGCAGGGCUCGGGGCGCGAGGAGGGCAGUGUGGAGGCUUUGCUGCAGGAGGCCGAGCCGCACAACCUCCAGAUCACGGCGGCCUUCCUGGCGGGGCUGCUGUCCCGGGAGCACCAGGGCCUGCUGGCCGAGUGCCGGGCGUCCGAGAAGGCCCUGCGGUGGCGCCAGGCCUGUGCCCGCUGGUGUCUGGCCCGCAGCCUCCAUAAGCACUUCCACUCCAUCCCGCCAGCCCUGCCGGGCGAGGCCAAGAGCAUGCACGCCCUGCCGGGCUUCGUCUGGCUCAUCCGGAGCCUGUACGAGAUGCGGGAGGAGCGGCUGGCGCGGGAGGCUGUACGCGGGCUCAAGGUCGGGCACCUCAAGCUGACGUUCUGCGGCGUGGGCCCUGCCGAGUGCGCUGCCCUGGCCUACGUGCUGCGACACCUCCGGCGGCCUGUGGCCUUGCAGCUGGACCACAACUCUGUGGGCGACAUUGGCGUGGAGCAGCUGCUGCCUUGCCUUGGUGUCUGCAAAGCUCUUUACCUGCGAGAUAAUAACAUCUCAGACCGAGGCAUCUGCAAGCUCGUCGAGCAUGCCCUUCACUGUGAGGAGCUGCAGAAGCUGGCUUUGUUCAACAACAAGCUGACCGACGGCUGUGCACAGUCCAUGGCCAGGCUCCUUGAGUGCAGGCAGAACUUCCUGGCGUUGAGGCUGGGAAAUAACCACAUCACCGCCGAGGGAGCCCAGGUGCUGGCCCAGGGGCUCCGGGCCAACACCUCCCUGCAGUUCCUGGGGUUCUGGGGCAACAAGGUGGGUGACAAGGGGGCCCAGGCCUUGGCGGAAGCCUUGGGUGAUCACCAGAGCUUGAGGUGGCUCAGCCUGGUGGGAAACAACAUUGGCAGUGCGGGUGCUCAGGCCUUAGCCUCGAUGCUGGAAAAGAACACGGCACUGCAAGAGCUCUGUCUGGAGGAGAACCGUCUCCAGGAUGAAGGUGUCUGUUCUCUCGCCAAAGGACUUAGGAGAAAUUCAAGUUUGAAAGUCCUCAAGCUGUCCAACAACUGCAUCACCUACCUCGGGGCAGAGGCCCUCCUGCAGGCCCUUGAAAGGAAUGACACCAUCCUAGAAGUCUGGCUCCGAGGAAACAUGUUCUCUCCUGAGGAAACUGAGACGCUCAGCCACAGGGACAGCAGACUCCUGCUUUGACGUCUCCGGGCCCACGCUCACUUCAGGCUGUGGGGUUGGACCCAGAAGCUGGGUCACAUCUGCGGGAGCCCGUUCGGACAGAGCCCCUGGUCCUGCCCAGGCCAACGCAGUAGGUCACCUUUGUUCUGGCAGAGAAGGGGUGUCAGUGCCCUUCAGAGGGGAUACUCCAAAGCCUACUGUGGCCAUCGAGUUCUUCCCACGGUUCAACCUGUGGGCUGGAGAAAUGUGCAGCCCCUCCUUGUGGGGCCGGCCUCCAGCGAUGGGACGGUCAGUGGACCACGAAGGUGACUGGGUGCCUGUUGGCGUAGAGACCUGGGUCCCCGUGAGGAGCUCCUUUCCACGCCCCUCCCGAUGAGCGGGCGGCUUUAGGAGAAACUUUCUGCCAUGUCUCAACUCAUGGGCCAGCCAUCCAGGCUGCUCCCCACCAUCUGGCUCCUCUGCUCAUCCUGGACCCUGCAGGGGGCAUUUCCUCUGUGGUUGAGGAUUGGACAUCAGUGUUCUCAGCUUUGAUCGCUCCCCUUCCCCUGCACAAUGGGAGGGACUACAAUUUGCCCUGCUCUCCUUUCUGGUCCUUAAGACAUUAUUGGGAGGGGACACAUGACAGCUAUUUAGUCCCCAAGGUCGUCUAGAUCUGCAAGAAGAAUAUGACCCUACUACCGCUGGUCUCACACGUGAACUUUUAUUUCAAUUAUUCUUUGGAAUCAACUUCCUAUCCAAAUGCAGCUUUGGAAAAAGCAGUCUUUGCCAGGAUUUGGGAUGGCCCCACCAGGUCUCGGGGUGAUGCCUGCGAGCUGAACUCUCACAACAGACUUCCAAAAUGUACUCCUACGAGUCGGUUCUGGGUGAUUUGUGCCAGGAUGCUUUCAGAUGUAAAGUUGUGGGUCAAAAGUUUACAGGGGCAAAAUCAAAGGCCCUUCCUUAUAAAGCAAAUGUCUUUCUGGGUUUUUCAGAAUGAUGCGAACUCUCAGGUGCUGUGUAAGUGUUACUGUUUUCAACAUUGUUAUUUGUGAAAACUAGUUACUAUUUAUCAACCACUUUGUUUUAUUCUCCCAAGUUUAUAUUUUUAUGAAACAAACACACACACACACACACACACACACACACACACACACGACUAGGAAUUUUAUGCUGUACAUAGUCACAGAGAAGAAAACCCUGGAGUUACCCAAGCUGUCUUCAUUGUGACCAAACAAUUGCAA